CGUAAAUAAAAAUUUGAAAAGGAUAGGCAUUUAAACUGUCAGCUGUCACAUAAUGACGUGAACCAUAAGAAGGACAGCCAUUCUGUCAUUCCUAGAGGCGAGAACUUCAAACUAUGCAGUAUGUUUCUAAAAGAAACAGAAAUACCUCUACUUUCUCAGAAGGAAGCUGCAGUCUGAUCUCAAGAGAAGGCCAAGGAUACAACUUUGCUGACAUAUUACCUCCAGAAAUAAGUCUGGAGAUUUUCAGCAAGCUGGACGUUAAAAGCUUAUGCAGUGCUGCUGUGACGUGUAAACUCUGGAACAACAUCAUUGAAAACAGUGACCACCUGUGGAGGAAUCACUGCCUGACAGUCAGAGCUAUCUGUCAGAGAGAGGUGGAUGAGGACAGAGGGGAUGGGUUUUCUUGGAAGGUCACAUUAGUUAGAAACUACUGGAAAGGCUGUGUGAAAAGAGAAUGGCUCAAUGGCAGAUACAGCAACAUUCGCUCUUCUCAUGAACUUCCGAAUAAGAGCAUGUACCCUUUAGAUGCAGAAACCUGGGGGAAAAUUUUGGAAGCUGAGCUGGAAAGAUAGUGGGUGGCUGCAGAUGUACAGUAUGUGUGGAGCACUUCUGAAAAGGGGAUUUUGAACCUCCUUUUUCACAUUUACUGUACCUUUUGUAAAUAAUUUAUUUUUAAUACCUUCAGUGUAAUUUUAUCUUUUUUAUUGAAAACGUAUCAGACAUAGGAUUUAUAAAUUCAGUAAAUCCUAUUUUGUUUUGUCCAUGUUCUGCAUGCUCAGAAUAUGUGGAGAAAAAAGUAAUUAAUCUGUGCUUUAAUUCCCUGUUUAAUCAGUCCCUGAUUUUGUUGUAAAUAAACACUCAUCAUGGGAAACAGAUCUGUGCAAGUUCUAGUUUAAUGUCAACAUGCCAUAUAACAGACACAAAUUCAGCACCUAUUCACAAGCCAGUGUGAAAAUAUUGGAGACUUCAAAAAAUAUUUAGGCCUCAUCACAAAGGUUUUUCAAAAGGCUUUUUUUAUCAAUAAGUUUUAUUGUUGAUUCUUCUUUAUAUUAACUACUACUUUAUGCAUUUCUUGAAGAAUGUUUAUUAUAUAUUAGAGCUUGAUCAUUUUUCUAUUCAUGUAAAUACAGUGGAAUUUGCAAAUUUAUAUAUACAUGUACAAUAUAUAUAAAAAUGUUGUAAGGCAGUGUAAUGGGUUUAAAGAAGUGUAAAGAAGGAAAAUUGCAAUUUCUCACUGGCUCUAGUAGUUCUAAAACAGUACACAAUCUACAAUAUCUGUUGUUUGCAACACUUAAAGCUAUCAGCAGGGGGAGAUAGCACAAACGCACACAACAUUAGAGGCUACAAAACUAAUUAAUGAAACAUUUCUAUAAAGAUUAGAAAACGCAUUGUGAAAGUGAACAGGUUUUUCAGUUAUCGUUUUAGAACAAAUGUAUUGUUUAAGGUGCUAUAUUUGUUAGUGUACUGAGUGUACUAUUGUGGACAGUUUGAGACCUAACACCAGUACUUAAUGUAUAAACCUGUAUAUUAUAUGUAUGAGAAUUCUUUAGUGUUAGAUUUUUAGUCCUUUAAAAGAUUUAGUGAGACAGUGUUGUACUUUUAUCUGAUGAUCGUAAGUAGUAAAUCACUAUACAUCUUGUAUUA